AUGGAAGACGGUCGCAGACGCUCAAAGAAACGCUCUUUAUUUGGAAAGGGUGCUCUAGGGCUCCUAUUGUCGAUUCAGUUGCUACCAAGCGUAGUUUCUGCUAAUGUGCCUUCAUACUUCGGUUCCCCGUCUCGAGACUCCCCCAUAUUGCCUCCGCAGAUACCUCUAGCCGGUUCUCCCUCGCCUCCGGAGACUCAUGAGUUUUCGCUUCGUCAUAUAUUUCAUCGAGGAACGCAUGAGCAUCCCGAUCUCCAUCAGAGACUCGAUAUUGAAGCUCACAUGCGCCUCUUGAGCGUUUCCGAAGAUGGUCAGGAAAUAAAACCUGCGGCGCUUGAUACCCCCCUGGUCGCCUCGUCCAACCCGGUUACCAUCCAACGACUCGCGGACCGGCGAGUCUCGGUUAUCGAAGGGUAUCUACAGGCUGCGAGAUCUACCGGAGAGGUGGUUGCUUUGUCACCAUCAGAAUGGGUCAUGGAUACAGUGGAUGGUCCUAAUGUGAAAGAUAAAGAAAGCGUCUUGACAUUCGCACAGAUGACGGCCAACGACUACAUCGAGGAGCCGGGUACAGGAAAAUGGCAUAACAUCAACGGCCGGUUUAACUACUCCGAAAGCUUUGGAUGGAACAGUGAUGGAUUAAGGGGUCAUAUAUACACGGACAAGACAAACAGCACAGUGGUAAUCUCCCUGAAGGGGACAUCCCCUGCCCUUUUCGAUGGAGCCGGUACGACGACAAAUGACAAGGUCAACGAUAAUCUCUUCUUUAGCUGUUGCUGCGGUCAAGGGGGCUCCUAUCUUUGGAGGCAAAGUUGUGACUGUAUGAAGUCGACGUACACAGGCAACUUAACUUGCAUUAUCGAAGCUAUGAAUGACGAAAACCGAUAUUAUCGAGCUUCUAUGGACCUCUACUCGAACGUGACGGAACUAUACCCGGACGCUAAUGUCUGGCUAACAGGCCAUUCGCUGGGUGGUGCAAUGUCCAGCCUUUUGGGCUUGACAUUUGGGCUUCCUGUCGUCAGCUUCGAAGCUAUUCCUGACGCUCUGCCAGCGUCCAGAUUGGGUCUUCCCUUCCCGCCUGGCCAUGAUGCACGAUUCCCGCAGAGACGGCAGUAUACUGCGUCUUAUCAUUUCGGCCACACUGCAGACCCGAUUUACACAGGGACGUGCAACGGUGUUGGUGCAACGUGCACAUGGGGUGGUUAUGCCCUGGAGACAGCCUGUCACACCGGCCAAAUGUGUACUUAUGACACGGUCAAGGAUAAGGGCUGGCGUGUGGCAAUUGGGACUCACCGUAUUGAGUCCGUGAUUACGGAUGUCCUUGAUGUCUAUGACGAGGUUCCUCCAUGUGUAGCCGAGGAAGAAUGCUAUGAUUGUGAACUUUGGAAAUUCUUCCGAAGCAAUGGCUCUGAAAUCACAACGACUUCGACUGCCACUUCAACCAGCUCGACAAGUGCGACAAGGACAUCAACUUGCAAAACCCCUGGGUGGUGGGGAUGUCUCGACGAGAGCACAACCGACACCGCUACCACGACUUCCACCACAGCGACGACUACGACCUGCAAGACGCCGGGUUGGUUUGGCUGCAAAGACCCUACUACCACAACCGAGCCUGCGACAUCUACCACCACUUGCGAGACUCCUGGCUGGUUCGGGUGCCGCGACCUUACGACUACUGCAGAACCCGCUUUGACAAGAACGACCCUUCCUGCUACUGCCGCUCCCACAACUACCUCAUGCGAAACCCCAGGAUAUAUCUACGGUUGCUGGGACGGUUCAACGACUAUCACGAACAACGAUCUUAUUACGCCUGCCCCCACUCCAUUUUACUAG